CAGUUUUUUGGUUUUAGGCCUUAAGAGAUAACCUUUUCUUUUGUCUUUCUUUCUCUCUUUCUUUCCUUUGUUGAUGUUUUUGCUGGUUUACCUUAAAUUCCCAACGACCUCUGGAGGCAAUUAAUGGUGGGCUUCAAUGGUUAGAGAGCUAGAAGGAAAGUGGGGUAGUGAAAUAUGGUGCAGGUCAAGAACUGCCUGUCCUCAUUAAUUGCUUCUCCUUUCAGCUAUAAAAUCACUCUUUCUUCCCUUAACUCUCUCAUUACUCUCUCGCACUCACUCACUCACUCUCAGUCACAUUCUUCCUAUUUCCAUCUUAUAUAUGCACCACCCUUCCUUACAUUAUUCAUUUAUUCCUUACAAACACCCACAUCCAAAUCCUUUUCUUUUCUUUCCUUAAGAAACCCAAGUUUCCCUUCCUGGGUUCCUUCUUCUUCUUCUUCCCUAUUCUAGCUGCAACUACCCAGUUGCACCAAAAGAUGAUUUCUCAAGCCAUUGUUGAUGAGAAACGUGAUCUGGGUGUUCAUCUUUAACUGAAUCUGAAGCUUCUUUCAAUUUCCCCUCCUCUUCGUUCAGUUCCAGGCUCCAGCAGAUCAGUUUCCGGCGAAGUGGUGGUUGGUGUGAGUAAGGUUUCCGGUGAGUUUUGGGUAGUGGUGGUGGUGGGGUCCACGAUCUUUCUUCUGAGAUCAAAUGGAGACAUCAACGGCUCUACUGCUCUUCGCUGCCAUCACAGCGUAUUUACUGUGGUUCACAUUCAUCUCGCGCUCGCUGAGGGGCCCACGGGUAUGGCCUUUGCUGGGUAGUCUGCCGGGGUUGAUAGAGAACUGUGACCGUAUGCACGAUUGGAUAGCUGAGAAUCUUCGCGCGUGUAGUGGCACGUACCAAACUUGCAUCUGCCCCGUCCCUUUUCUGGCACGAAAGCAAGGGUUGGUGACUGUCACGUGUGAUCCCAAAAAUCUAGAGCACAUAUUGAAGACUCGUUUCGACAAUUACCCUAAGGGCCCCACAUGGCAAGCUGUGUUCCAUGAUCUACUCGGGGAAGGUAUCUUUAACUCUGAUGGUGACACGUGGUUAUUCCAGAGGAAGACCGCCGCGCUCGAGUUCACUACCCGGACUCUACGACAAGCCAUGGGUCGGUGGGUGAACCGGGCCAUCAAGCAGCGUUUCUGUCCCAUACUUGAGACGGCCCAAGUCGAAUCUAAGCCGGUCGAUCUUCAGGAUCUUCUCCUCCGCCUCACCUUCGAUAAUAUCUGUGGAUUAGCCUUUGGAAAGGAUCCUCAGACCCUUUCACCGGGUCUACCUGAGAACCGGUUCGCAUUGGCAUUCGACCGAGCCACCGAAGCCACCCUUCAGCGGUUCAUCCUCCCCGAAGUAAUAUGGAAGAUGAAGAAAUGGCUUCGGCUUGGAAUGGAGGUCACACUUAGCCAAAGCAUGCGACACGUGGAUGAUUACCUGUCCGAUGUGAUAGAGACACGUAAGCAGGAGCUGAAGCAGAAUAUUGGGGGGAACCCACACGACGACCUGUUAUCCAGGUUCAUGAAGAAGAAGGAAGCCUACGGGGACACCUUCCUCCAACACGUGGCACUCAAUUUCAUCCUAGCUGGAAGGGACACGUCAUCUGUAGCCCUCAGCUGGUUCUUCUGGCUACUUACACUAAACCCUAGGGUGGAGGAAAAGAUCAUACACGAGAUUUGUACGGUGUUGAUGGAGACACGUGGCGAUAACGCAUCAAAGUGGUUGGAGGAACCGUUGGUUUUCGAUGAAGUAGACCGGUUGGUCUACCUAAAGGCCGCACUGUCGGAAACCCUACGGUUGUACCCGUCGGUACCGCAGGACUCGAAGCACGUCAUCUCGGACGAUGUUUUACCUGACGGCACGUUCGUACCGGCGGGAUCGGCGAUCACUUACUCUAUAUAUUCGGUAGGGAGGAUGGAGUGGUCGUGGGGAGAAGACUGCCAAGAAUUCCGGCCGGAGCGGUGGUUGUCGCCGGACGGGAAGAAGUACGAAGCGAAGGACCAGUUUAAGUACGUGUCUUUUAACGCAGGCCCAAGGAUCUGUUUGGGGAAGGACUUGGCUUAUCUCCAAAUGAAGUCUAUCGCGGCUGCGUUGUUGCUUAGGCACCGGCUUACGUUAGCAACAGGGCAUAAAGUGGAGCAGAAGAUGUCGUUAACUCUCUUCAUGAAGAAUGGGCUUAUGGUUAAUGUGCACCGGAGGGAUCUGACGGCGAUAGCCGCUGCAGUUCGUAAGGAAAGGGAAGGAGUAUCUGCCGUUACCGUUAACUGUAACGGUAAUGGUCAUGCCGCGGUUCACAUGGUCGUUGGAGGUGCGUAAAUGACGAGCAAGGAGUAAGAACAAGUAAGGGGGUGUUUGGGUGGUUGGUCGUUGGUGGGGUCUGCCUUUGUGAAUACAUAUAACUAUUAUUAUUAUUAUUACUAUUAUUAUCAUCACUUCUACUACUACCACCACUAGUAUUACUACUACUAUGGCCAUUAUUGAUUUUGGAGCUAUUACUGCUGUUGUAUAUGGUGGAUGAGAGUCUUUGAUAACAUUGCAAGACCUCUCAUUCAUUAAUAUUGAUUCAUAUGAGAGAGAGAGAGAGAGAGAGAGAGAGAGAGACAUAAAUGACCUGAAACAGGGAAAAGGAUUUGAGCUGAAAGAGACACUGAGAGAGGGUGGAGAGUGGGAAGCUAUUUUUAAAAAAAUAAUAAUAAUUUUUGUCUUCUUUUCUUUAUUUUGUAAUUUGUAAGUUAUUUCAUAUCUACAUUACAUAUUCUGUUUCAUGAAUAAAACCUACAAGGUUUACUGAAUAUAUAUAGAAAUAAAUACAACUUACAGCUC